ACAGCAGAAUAGAACGUCGCACUCUCGGCGACUCGCGUAUGCACGUUAACUGCCCGGAUAUCGGUCCGAUCUCAAUUCGUAGCGAUUUUCCCUCGCACCGGCCCAUCGGCUUUGGAAACGUUCCAGAGCGUGUUAGAUACAUGUGCCGCCAGCUCCUACAGCUGCAGCACUUUCCUCCCUCACGGCGCGAUUAUUGGACACGCUUACGCUUCCUGUCAGCGUCUCGUGGGGGCUUCGGGUAACCGCCGCGCACGCAGGAAAACCACGCGCGAAAAAUGUACGUGCGGGCGUGCCGUGUCUUCGCAUUUCUCUCGAUUUUCGCGUGCCUCUGUUCGGCGCAAGAGACAAAAGGGGUCGCCGUCGUAGAAGAUGCAGAAUCUCCGGUCGUACAGAUUCCCGCUGGUAAACUGCGCGGUGCAAAACGCGCAGUUUCGGGUGAGAAGUUCGCGUACGCAUUCACGGGAGUCCCGUACGCCAAGCCGCCGGUCGGAGAGCUUCGAUACCGGAAACCUGAGCCCGUGGAGCCGUGGGGCGAAGGAGUGAAAAAUGCGACGGAGACGCCCCCAUCGUGUAUGCAAGGCAACGUGUUUUCUCCGAGGAACCUGUUGUGGCUGCCGUACGACCAGCGAAAAAGCGAAGACUGCCUCUAUUUGAACGUCUGGACACCGACACUCAACGCGUCAGCGGGGCUCCCUGUGAUGGCCUGGAUUCAUGGAGGUGGCUUCCAGGAGGGAUCUGCGGCAAUGCCUCUGGAUGACGGAGCAAACUUGGCAGCCUUUGGAGAUGUCGUGGUGGUAACGAUCGCUUACAGGUUGCACUCAUUCGGCUUCCUGUAUGACGGAACUACUGUUGCGCCCGGAAACAUGGGAUUGCACGACCAGCAGUUGGCACUUAAAUGGAUCCAAGAAAACAUCGCUGCAUUUGGCGGUAACCCGGGAGAAGUGACACUGUUCGGUUGGAGUGCCGGUGGAAUUUCGACGGGAUUUCAUCUGCUUUCCCCGGGAAGCCAGCCUCUGUUCAAGCGAGCCAUCAUACAAAGUGCCGGCGUGACAAAGAAAGGUCGUGCCAAAGACAAGUCAGAAAUGCUCGAAUACUCGCGCAAGCUUGCUGGUAACUUCGGCUGCUAUGAUGACAACUCGGCUACAAACACGUCUCAGGACAUUCCCUCGUGCAUGAGGAAAGUAAACGCCACCCUAAUUGUGUCAGUCGAAGCUACGUUCAUCGACACAGGAAACGGACAGUUUGAUCCAAUCUUCGGAGAUGAGCUCUUGCCCAUAGAGCCUCGUAUGGCCGACUUUCCGGGCGACAAGGACGUUCUGAUUGGCCAGACUGCCAACGAAGGAAGCAGCCUUCUUUACAGUGCUUUCAGAGACACCUUUUCUCAGGCUCUGGCUCCCAGGAAAAUCAACAAGGCAGAAAUGAUACAUUUCCUUGGCAGUUUGUUUAAGAAUCUGCCGCUAUCCGAGAUAAAUAGGCUUCAGGAGGAAUACAUGGGUGAGAUUGGAGACUACGAUUACGACGCCCUCCGGCAGGCGCUGGCGGAAACGAAGGGAGACACCCACGUGACCUGCGCGGCCAUCAACACGGCGUGCAAGUUGGCCAACGCAACGGCCAACGCAGAAUCUGGAAGAACAGUUCACUUUUACGAGCUGAACUACGUGUCCGCCUGCAUGAAGAAGCAGCCGUGGUUCGGCAUGACGCACGGAGACGAGCUUCCGCUGGAAUUUGGCAGAGCAUUCGAUAAGGAAGACGGGUGUGCCGGUGAUAUAUCCUACAGCAGAAAUAUCAUGCGGCUGUGGAGUGACUUUGCCAAGGGAAGGUCACUUGUUGGAUUUCAAGGCAAUGAGUGGCCAGCGUUCACGUCGGACGCAAGGUCCUUUAUGAAGUUGACAGCAGCGGGAUCAGAAGUGUCCACCUUUAACAAUGGGCCGCGCUGCAAGAUACUCAAAGAACUUAGUCUUUACUGAUGAAAUUCAUGUUUGCCGAAUUUUAAGCGACUCAUACUUUUAAACAAUAUGGGCGUA